AUGGCAAAGUUCAAAUCGUGGCUGUACCACACAAAUCAAGAUGUCAGCCAAGCUCAUCUUCCUGCGCACCAGGAGUCUGCAUGCAUCAAGGAGGAGGGGGAAGAGUCGCUAUGCAUCAAGGUGGUGGAGGAGGAAGAGUUGCCAUGCAUUAAGGAGGAGGAGGAAGAGUUCAUACACCUUCAAGGUUUCCGAAAAUAUCUUGUUGCUGAGCGGCAGGAGCCAGAAUCUCCUGGCGUUAAAGAGGAUGUUGAGCACCCCAAAAUCAAAGACGAGGAGCCAGAGCCCUGUCAACAGGAGAGAGAAGAGCAAUAUCCGAUCAAGGAGGAGGAGGAGCUGCCAUACGUUAAAGAGGAGGAAGUUUGUGGAAAAGGUUACGCUAAGAAGCAAUCCUUAAAACAACACAUAAGAACCCAUACUGGUGAAAAACCUUUUUCCUGCUCAGUUUGUGGUCGUGGAUUUAUUUGCAAGAGCUUCUUAACAAUACACGAAAGAACCCAUACUGGCGAAAAACCUUUUUCCUGCUCAGCUUGUGGUCGAGGAUUCAGUCGCAAGAGCGCCCUAAAACAACACGAAAGUACCCAUACUGGCGAAAAACCUUUCUCCUGCUCAGUUUGUAGUCAAAGAUUCAAUUGGAAGGGCAGCUUAAACAAACACACAAGGACCCACACUGAUGGAAAUCCUUUUCUCUGCUCAGUUUGUGGUCGAGGAUUCAGUUGCAAGAGCUCCUUAAAAAUACACGACAGAACCCAUACUGGCGAAAAACCUUUUUCCUGCUCAGUUUGUGGAAAAAGAUUCAUUGACAAGCAAAUCUUAAAAAGACAUGAAAAAACCCACACAAGAGAAAAACCUUUUUCCUGCUCAGUUUGUGGUCGAGCAUUCAGUUGCAAGAGCUCCUUAAAAAUACACAAAAGAAACCAUACUGGCGAAAAACCUUUCUCCUGCUCAGUUUGUGGCAAAAGAUUUACUAACAAGCACACUUCAAAAAGACAUGGAAGAACCCACACAAGAGAAAAACCUUUUUCCUGCUCAGUUUGUGGUCGAGGAUUCAGUUGCAGAAGCUCAUUAAAAAUACACGAAAGAAAGCAUACUGGCGAAAAACCUUUUUCCUGCUCAGUUUGUGGUCAAGGAUUCACUCAGAAGGAUUUAAUUAAGAGACACCGUAAUGGAGCACAGCCCAGCUUGAAACUCAUUCUCAACUCCAGUGAGGAGAGUGAGGGAAAGGUGCAGCACUUCUCGCAUGAGUGA